AGAAUCGAUGGGCAGCAUCAAAACCCCUCCCGAGGACACCAUUCGCUGUCUGUGAGGGGGCGGGGCGAACCCACUGUGAGGCCUUUUUCCCCCUACGCCAAUGGAUAUGUAACUUCCUCCUGUGUAGUUGAAGUAGGACGGACCAGGCGGAUUAAUAUCUUGAAAUGACGAGCGGUCUUUGUGCUAGCUAACGGAAUCGGAUUUAUGGAUCAAAACACCUGGAAAUACUUCGACGUGGAAGAAUCUUUCUGCCGAGGGGUGGUGCUCCGCGGCCAGGCGGCGACCGUCAUUGGUCAGAGCGAUCCGGCGAGGACACAGGAAAUAGCAGCGGCGCUGUCUGCCGAUUGGCCAGAGGAGCCACCCGUCACGCGGCCCCGUCUCCUCCCAGCGGCUGCGCUGUGAGAGCCGCCAGGCGCUGCUCCCGUCACGGUCAUCCUCCAUCCGCUCACCCCUUCGAACAAUGUUAUCUAUAUCCUGCACGGCUCCGAACCAUCCACUCGCUGCCUCGCCCGACACUUUGCAGUGAUUCGAACAUCUACAGUUUGCCAUGGCGACAGUGGUGAUGGAGCAGAUCGGUCGCCUGUUCAUCAACGCCCAGCAGCUGCGUCAGAUCCCUCAGCUGCUGGAGUCGGCCUUCCCCACACUGCCUUGCACUGUGAAGGUGUCCGAUGUUCCCUGGGUGUUCCGCGAGCGUCACAUCCUCACCGGCUAUAGGCAGCCAGACCAAAGCUGGCGCUACUACUUCCUCACCCUCUUCCAAAGGCACAAUGAGACCCUAAACGUGUGGACCCACUUGCUGGCUGCCCUCAUCAUCUUGGUGAAGUGGCAGGAGAUCUCGGAGACGGUCGAUUUUUUGCGAGACCCUCACGCUCAGCCACUCUUCAUUGUUCUCCUGGCAGCUUUCACCUACCUCUCAUUCAGCGCACUCGCGCAUCUCCUCUCCGCCAAGUCUGAGCUCUCCUGCUACAGCUUCUACUUCCUCGACUACGUGGGCGUGGCGGUUUACCAGUAUGGCAGUGCCCUGGCACACUACUACUACGCCAUAGAGAAAGAGUGGCACACCAGAGUCCAGGGCAUCUUUUUACCUGCAGCAGCAUUCUUGGCCUGGCUUACUUGCUUUGGCUGCUGCUAUGGCAAAUAUGCCAGUCCUGAGAUACCCAAGUUUGUCCUCAAGCUCUUCCAAGUGGUGCCCUCAGCCUUGGCUUACUGUCUAGACAUAAGCCCUGUGGUUCACCGCAUCUACAGCUGCUACCGGGACGGCUGCUCCGACCCGAUUGUGGCGUACCAUUUGUAUCAUGUGGUCUUUUUCCUAAUCAGCGCCUAUUUCUUCUGCUGCCCUCACCCAGAGAGUUUGUUCCCUGGGAAGUGUGACUUCUUUGGACAGGGCCACCAGAUCUUUCACGUGUUCGUGGUGGUGUGCACCCUGACGCAGAUCGAAGCACUGCGAACAGACUUCACGGAGCGCCGUCCCCUCUACGAGCGUCUCCACGGCGAUCUGGCGCACGACGCCGUCGCACUUUUCAUCUUCACUGCCUGCUGCAGUGCGCUUACCGCUUUUUAUGUACGCAAGCGUGUACGAGCCGUUCUCCAUGAGAAGGAGGAGUAAGAGUUGAAAUUUUAGUUCAUAAAAAAAAGAGUAAUUUAACCAUUAAUUCAAAUUACUCAAAUGUUUUUGUUAUUGAAAGUAAUCAGUUUGUGACAGUGACUGUGAUUUGCCAAACUACCGUGAGCUAUAAUUGUGUUUUUGAAUUUCACUGAAAAGGGAAUCUUACAAUUUGUCAGUAGCAAUACAGGUAGUAGUUAAACACUGCAAUGAGUCAUUGCAUCGUUACUCUGCUCUUUUAUUAGUCUGCAAGGUUUUUAUGAAGUCGUAGUCUCAAGGAAUGUUUUACUUUACCAUACAAAAAUUCACUUUAGUCAAGGAGAGCCGAAAAAUAGUGGUUUCUAAAGAUGCCUUUUAUGGAAUCGUAUUUAGAAAUAUCUCAUUGUUUUAAUCUAAUUUGGUUUUUCAAAUUCAAAUCAUGCUAGCAUGAUUAUACUUUGUAUUUUACAGUCAAACACCAAUUCCAAUCCAAUUUGAACUGGUGUUCUUGUCUAGUUAGGAACCUUUCUGACAUUUCCUUAAUUUGAUUCAGCCCCUCUCUUUAGGGAUCAGAGCAGGAUUUAUUUAAAAAAAUAUAUAUAUUUAUCAACGCGCUAACAGUGCCAUGCAAAUGUUUAAACCUAUUCUGGGAAAGUCGAGAACCCAAUUUGAAAACCAAAUAUUUUACCUCUUAUAAAAAUAAGGAGACGCUUUGUUCUAAGUGUUCCGUUGAAUUAUGAUGAAAAUGAGGCUGGCACUCAGUAUUGGUCAAGAGAUGGAUGGAAGAUUACUGAUGUCACUUUGUUGUCGUGGUAGUGUUAAUCUUUUUUUAUUCAAAGGGCUGGACCAUCAGCUUUUGCCUUUUCACAUCCCAUGAUACCAAUGCUUUCGUGUGCAUUGUUUUCAAUGUCGGUUUGAUCAGAUUUGGGUAACAAAACGCUGUGUCUGACUGGUGUUCUGCUUUUGGCAUAUUUUGUUUUUGUAUGAUGAAUAUGUAUGUGCCUCUACGCAUGUCUUUUGGUAUAUCGAGUGGAUAUUAAGUGUGUGAAUGUCUCUGAAAGUUUAGCCUUGCACUUCUUUCUUACCCUGUAAAUAACCUGUAUUUCCUUAGAAAGUUGUUUGCAUCCCAUUUUCUCUCACUCAAUAGCAUUCAGACCUGAAUGCAUUUUUUUGUCCUUGUGGAAUACGGCACAUUCCUAUUGUGCUUCCUUCUUUCAGAGUGGGCUUUAUGUCUGGUGUCGUCCUGCCUAUCGAGUCUUUAAUGGCGAUGAAUACACCAUUUCAUACUGCUGCACUGUUACUCCGAAGAGUCGGUUCAUUUUUACUGUAUUUUAUUUGACUCUGGUUAUAGAAAUGUCACACACACACACACACACACACACACACACACACACACGGCUCACUGGUAAUGUUACUUCGAUUCCUAUCUCACAAAAUCUUAAAUGUCAGAAAUGAUGCUAUAUUCACUGCAGCACUCUUUGAUCAUGAUGAUGUUUAAUGUGCCAAUGAAUCUGUUAUUGCUUCAGUGAUGGUACAACUGGAGGACGAAUUCAGAGACAGAAUGUCAGAAGUGACGGGUCGACUUUUAAACUCUCUUGACCCGACUGCAAACAUGCUACUGGUGAGAUUUAACCUCAACACCCCUAAAUGUGAAUCUUUGCAGUUACUGACCUGGUCUCCUCAUGCACUGCCUGAAUCAACACUGUAUACUACUGUAGCUGACAACACUGGCUAUGUUUACAUGCAUGGAGGUAUCUGCUGUUAAUAUGGUUAUUCUGCUGUUGUGGGUUCAGAGAAGCCUGGGUGAACCUGUACCCCCCCCCCCUUUUUGCCUUUUUGUGCAGGGUUAUGAAUUGGUUGGCAAAAAGAAUAAAACUGUUUUGCGUGAAACUCAUUUUGGCACAUGUGGUCUAAUGCUUCAUGGAAAAGGCUUCUGUAUAGGCUGAUGAUGCCCAUUUAAUCAGAGCCUCUCCGCAGCCCGGCCUGUGACAGAAGGUUAUUGUCCCGAUCAUCAAAAAGACCGAAACGAUUAAAGCUGCGAUUUUAAUUUCUUUCCCUUGUGUUACAGUAUUGUUCAAACAGGGAGCGAGCAGCUGGAUAGAGAGACCACAGUGCUUUUUCCCCCUAAAUUGAUUGUUGCAACAUGGAAAGUGAUUAUCUAAGUUGCAUGCCAAUUAACCCUAACCCUGGAGUAUAGCCAGCACACCAUGUAAGUGACUUGUGUGUGUCUGUGUCGUAGGCUACCUUUGGCGACAAUUUUCUGACUCUUGGGUCUGUGGUUAGUGUUGGGCAAGUAACAUUUAUGGUUAGGCUUCGUGCAAGCCUACAGGAAAUUAUUGCAAGUCUGUGUAAUGUCCCCACACGUGACCUGUGACUACAUGUUUGUUAGUGUAAACAUAGCCUCUGAUGCCACCCAUGGUUUUCCUUUUAUUCCUUUAUGAAGGCAGGCUGAGAGUGACUAGAAUGUCUUCUGCCUCUACAAAUGUGUGGCUGACUGUACUAAUAUUCUGUUGUAUUUAAGAAAAAUAAAGUGUUACAGUGAA